AUGGGGAGAAAGACAGACAUAAUUAUAGACAUUGGUUCGGGAGACGGGGCCACUACUAAAGUGUUGGCCACUCGUGUCUCACACAAGCGGGUCAUUGCCAUUGAUGUGAACCCAGCGAUGACAGCGUACGGCCAGAGUGUCAACAGUCUGACCACCAUUGAGUACUUGACACAAGACAUGUCGGUCUCGUGGCAGGAGCUGAGCGACGAUGUCCGGCGUCUGGAGUCUAAAGUGGACAUAAUUUUCUCCAACUUUUGCUUUCAUUUCAUACGAGAUAAGAGCCAACUGUUGUCGAUAUGCCGGCGACUGUUGUCCACCGGCGGCAUAAUUCACGCCAAUGUAUUUCUGUUGAAUGAUUUGAACAGUAAAUUACCGGCCGAUCGCCAAAAGGCAUGCUUUCUAUCCAUUGACCAGCAGUUAGAUGUCUGGCGCCGGGCGUUGACUGACAACGGCUUUACUGUAGAUGUGUUUACAGUGGCUGAGGACACCUUUACAAUGGCUCGCGAGCACGCAAUUGCCUCGUUUCCUGUUAUUAUGUCUAUCUAUAAGACAUUCUUCGAGACCACCGAAGAGUUUGUGAGAGAAUGCAGUGAUUUGUCGGAUGUUAUAUUUGACGCAAUGUGUAAUCCAGUGGCCGAUCGGCCCAACCCUAACGCGUGGACACAAUUCCUGGCCAAUGAGGACAUCACUGAAGUGGUCUAUAGGGCACAACUAUUAACGCUUGUGGCCCACAAAAAAAUGAUAAUAAUAUAUUAACAACAAAAUAAUUCAUAAUCUAGAAUAAACUUUAUAAA